GUCGGGCGAGCACAUUGCCGUCUUAUUGGAUGCCUUCUCCUCCCUCGACUAUGUCCCUGCUAUCUUGACUUGGAAGCGGAGAUUGGCUCUCCACGCCGUUUGCUCGGCUGUCAUCAGUUCUUCAGCAUCGUUCAGUCCAUGAAAGUCAAGAAGCUGCUCAGCUUCUCCGUGGAACAGAGGGCCGAGAUCAAUGACCAAGUCCUGGCGUUCUCCGACACGAUGGACUGGCUGGAGUUUGCCGCGGCCAGCAAGGGCCUACAGCGCCUGCUGAACGUCAACCUGCUGGUACCGGACGUGUUGGCGUCACUCGCAGCUCGUCUUGACGCACAGCGCGGUGCCAUAGCUCCUCUUCUGCUGUGCUCCAUGUUUCAUCUCUACUGCCAGCUGUCCAGCGGUAGUGUUGGUUUGCCGUCGGGAGAAUCACAUCUGCCACAGAACUACCACCGGUGGAUGGACACGGUAUUGCUGGUGCCCUUUCAGCACGCCAGUAUCAACGAGGUGGUCAGCUUUAUCAACGUGCUGGCUAUGCAGCCGAGCGGCGAGUCUAUCCGCUCGCGCUGCGCGCACGCCGCCACACUGCGACCACUGCGCAAGUCGGAGCUGUCGUUCGAUCUUCUCUCCUCGCAGACGUGGCCGACGGCCACGCUCCGCUCUCUUGUCUCGUCCUCCUGUGUGCCGCACAGCUGGAUGAAGUCGGUAUGCGACGCUCUCAUGCCCGAGCUGCCACUGUUAGUGGAGAAUAAACCUGAUGGGCUUCUCAAGGUGAUUGCGCCGCUUCUCGAGGCCGAGAACCCGUUCACGCUGGCCCUCAGCGACGCCCUGUCCAAGACGCUUGUCGUGUAUUGCGCCCGCGUACGUGCGGCCACGUCCGGUGAGAAGCCCAGCGCGGCAACAGAGGGUGUCAUCCGUCAGCUGAUGCAGCUGCCCUGUGCCAGAGGGGUCACCGUGCCGCCAGAAUUCCUGGCCUUUGGCUUCAAGCCUGCAGCUACUGCUGCUGGAAGAACACCGCCGUUGUCUGUGCUGAGGUGCGCUGCGCAAGCGCGUUCCCCGUUGCCCUUUAAAACAAUCGUGGAGCAGGUUCGCAAGCAGGACGAGCAGCUGCAAAGCAGCCGAGUGCGGAGCAGGCGGCAGGACAGCGAGGGUCAGAAGGUGUUGGAGACAGAUGAAUAUGAGUCGCAGCAGCAGCAGCAGCAGGACCAGGAGCAACCACAACCACAACAGCAGCAAGACCAGCACCAGGAGACACAACAGCAAACACGGAAACCAAGCCCCCAGAUGCAAGGUACCCCAAGCGACUUGAGUCGACAUGAUUCCUCAGCAACAAGAAAACAGUCAGAGGCGCCUUCGCCAUCACCGCCAUUGCCACCUGAGCAAGAGGAACAGCAAAAACAGCAGCGGCGGAGACAAGAGGGCUCAGCUCGACUUCGACAAAUGCCGCCUCUUCCGAAACAAAGUCUGCUACAACAUCAGGAUCCCAGUCGGGAGCAGCUCCGGGCGCCACUAUCUCCGUCGCACCAGACUUCUGGGCCUACAAGGCAGCAACAACAUCAGCUGCCACAGCAGCAGCAACAGCCACAAAAACAGCAGCAACAGCAACAGCAGCAACAACAGCAACAACAACAACAACAACAACAACAACAACAACAGCAGCCGCAGCACCAGCAACAACAGCAGCAACAACAGCAGCAACAACAGCACCAACAUUCAUGGCGAGGCGGUGGUGGUAUUCCACGGUCAAUGUCACAUGCAGCUGCUGUGCGUUCUCCGCCGGGUCUUUACCCCCACAACAACCAGCAACAGCAGCAAUAUCCUGCUAGGAUUAAAAACAACCGGCCACAGCCGUAUCAGCAACUAUCGUCGCCGUCUGCCCGUGGAGUACGCAGCCACGGGCUACCACCACCACCAGGGCAGCGAGCGUCGCCACAUGCCCCCUCACCGUCACUCAAACCACUGGCCUCAUCUGACAUCAGGCGAACUGUGCGCGUAGUCGAGCAGAAUGUGCUACCAUCCUACACCCCCACAAGCUCUUCGCAACAUCCGCACCAGGUGCAUACAGCAAAGGGAGUGAGUGUUGCCUCCAACUCCGUCAGCACCAGCAGAAGUGGCGUGCAACCCAACCAGCCACCCGGUGUCAAGUCGAACUUCUCCGUUCUGAGCACUCUUGUGCGGCAGGGUGAUGCUUUCCCUUCAGUGAUGUCGCAAGUUGCUGGCUUACGGACAAGCAGCCCUCGUGAGCACGUUGAGAACCCCAUGCUGAAUAGGAAACCGUGACAGCCACGAACAGAUCUCUACUUGAGGCGAGUAGACCAGCCUAAUCUGCGCCCUAACUCCUUGAGAGCCUGAUCCCUCUCUUUUUCUAUCUACCUCUCCCCCGUCUCUCUCUCUCUCUCUCUCUCUAUCAGUAUGUCUUUCUCGCUCUCUCCAUUGCUCCACUUGGUUCGAAUGUUAAUUUUUUCAUUUGGAUUUUACUUUUUAUCGUAAGUUUUUUUGUUUUGUUUUAUAAUUAUCGUUUUAAUUUUACCUUUGACAUGUUUCAUUAUUCAGCUGAAAAUUCGCCAUUUCUUGACAAGUCAAAACACAGUGUGUGACUUCGGACAUCUUUUGUCUUUGUAACUGACGUUAUUCAAACAUGCACAUAAUUUGUGUGUGUGUGUUUGUGUGUGUGUGUGUGUGUGUGUGUGUGUGCGUGUGCGUGUGUAUGUGUGUGUAUGGAUUCACUAGCCAGAAAAAGUCACUUCAAACAGCUGUGUGGUGGAUACCAGGCUAAAAAUAGUGGCGGUCAAUUCAUCAGCCUUGCAAGCUGUUGAAUGGCACAAGUUGCUAUGUCUAACAUAUCUGUUCGCUAUCAUCGCUUCCGCGAUGGGCAUGU